GUAGAAGAAAGAGAAAUCAAACUCUACGGUGUCAAUCAUGGGUGUCAAGCUUCAACUGAAAGUGAAGGUUGAAGCUGCAGCACUACUCCAUGAACACACCUCCAAGAAAGAUACAGGAUUUAUAACUCUCUUUUCCUUUCAACUACAUCAAGAUUGAAAGUUAAGAGAGAAAGGAGCCAUGGAGCAACAUGGUGCACGGCUGGUCUUUCCCAUAGAUGUCAAAAAGAAGCCAUGGGAACAGAAACUUCCACUUCACAACCGGUGGCACCCAGACAUACCGCCAGUCGCAGAGGUAACAGUCGGAGAGCUUUUCAGAGUUGAGAUGGUUGACUUCAGUGGAGGUCGUAUCACGAAAGAAUACUCCGCAGAGGACAUCAAGAACGCUGAUCCCUCUAUUGUUCACUAUCUCAGUGGCCCAAUUAGAGUUUUGGACGAGGAAGGGAAGCCAGCACAGCCAGGUGAUCUACUUGCUGUUGAAAUAUGCAACUUGGGUCCUCUCCCUGGAGAUGAAUGGGGUUUUACAGCAUCAUUUGACAGAGAAAAUGGAGGUGGUUUCUUGACUGACCACUUUCCUUGUGCAACCAAAGCUAUUUGGUAUUUUGAAGGAAUCUAUGCCUAUUCGCCUCAAAUACCAGGGGUUCGAUUUCCAGGUCUGACUCACCCUGGAAUAGUUGGUACUGCACCAUCAAGGGAACUCCUGAACAUAUGGAAUGAAAGGGAGAGAGAAGUAGAGGAAAAUGGGCUCAAACAUCUGAAGCUAUGCGAAGUUUUGCAUUCAAGACCACUGGCAAAUCUACCAUCAACAAAAGGUUGCCACCUAGGAAAGAUCCAAAAGGGUACGCCUGAAUGGGAAAAGAUUGCUACUGAGGCAGCAAGAACAAUUCCAGGAAGAGAAAAUGGAGGAAAUUGUGACAUAAAAAAUCUUAGUAGAGGUUCGAAAGUGUAUCUUCCAGUAUUCAUAGAAGGAGCAAAUGUUAGCACUGGUGACAUGCACUUCUCUCAGGGAGAUGGUGAAAUUGCCUUCUGUGGGGCGAUUGAGAUGAGUGGGUUCUUGGAGCUCAAGUGUGAAAUCAUAAAGGGUGGAAUGAAAGAGUACCUUACCCCAAUGGGGCCGACUCUUCUUCAUGUGAACCCAAUCUUUGAGAUAGGCCCUGUGGAGCCAAGAUUUUCAGAAUGGUUGGUAUUUGAAGGCAUCAGUGUAGAUGAGAGCGGAAGGCAGCACUUCCUUGAUGCAAGUGUUGCAUACAAGCGAGCAGUGCUCAAUGCCAUCGACUACCUCUCUAAAUUUGGCUACUCCAAAGAACAGAUGUAUCUUCUGCUAUCAUGUUGCCCAUGUGAAGGAAGGAUUUCUGGAAUAGUCGAUUCUCCUAAUGCUGUUGCCACCUUUGCAAUCCCAACAUCUAUCUUUGACCAGGAUAUUCGUCCAAAAACGAAGGUGCCAGUUGGACCCCGACUGGUGAGGACACCAGAUGUGCUAAAGUGCACUUAUGAUGGAAACUUGCCCAUAACUAAGAACCCCAGCGCCAUGACUUGAACAGAACCAAGGUGCUUCAUGGAAACAGAAGGUUUUGGCUAAACCUUUUAUGCCUAAUAAUCAUAUCAAUGUCUAUAUGGAUGAGAUAAAACAUGGCUGCAAAACCUUCCAUGUCCGGGUUAUGUUCAUUAGCUCUUUGUAAUAAUAAGAGGCAUGGAGCAUCAUUUCAUGAGGUGAUGUUGGCCUUUUGCAUUAAA